AUGUUCCGCUCUCAGUCCAGUGUUGCAGCGUCCAAGCCGGUAUCCACGUUCUAUGGUUUAUCAAGUGCCAGCCAAAUACAAAGUUCGCUGUCCAGUUCAAGCGGACAGCCCAUUGACACCGACGAGCUCAAUCCCGACGCACUCUUCACCAGGCAUACGGUCUCCGAGGUCAAGGUCAUCCAGCAACGAUUACGACACGAUGCUGAGGUCAAGCAGGAGGAGCUUCGACUUAUGGUCGGAGAACGGUAUCGCGACCUGAUCCAGGCGUCAUCUUCCAUUAUCUCUAUGAGCUCUUCCGCCCAAAGGGUAUUGUCCGCGUUUGAAGAGUCCAAGGGCGCCAUCUUAGCUCAGCAAGAACCUCCAUUAUCGAGCCAUACGACGGCGUUUGGCGGUGUAAAUGACCGACAUCUACAUUCCCUGCAGACCUUGUCGGCUCAUCUCAAAGUUCUACUGGACGCGCCUGAGCAUCUCUGGCGAUUCAUCGAGAAGAAAAAGUACCUCUCAGCAGCGUGGUUAUUCUUGUUCAUCCGAGUCGUACACCGAGGUUUAGUCCAACAAGACGACGAGGAAGAGGAAUCUUGGACGAAGGUUGGGAUUGACGUUCCUAGCGAAUUUCCUCUGGUGCAACGGCAAUGGGACGAAGUGUCCAGCUUCAGAUCUCAAAUCAUACACAAAGCGACGCUAUCCCUUCGUGAACUCAACACAUCCGCCUCUGAUAUCUGCGCCAUCCUAGCCGCCCUCCAUCUUCUCGAUUCUCGCCCCCUCAGCGAAACCUUCGCCGCUCUCCUCACUCAACGGACGAAAGCCUUAACCCCCCUCAUCUCCUGGAGAAUCCAACACAAACUUCCUCUUUCUGCUAAUGGACAUGCAACUUCCGAUGAUGGCGAAGGAACCCGAGAGUCCUCAGGCAUGCGGUUACGCUCAGUCAAAGAGAUUCUUCAAGCUAAUCAAGACGCUUUGACGACUAUAACCGACACUGUAUCCGCUGCUCGAAAGAUCUUUGAAGCUAGACCUACCCAGAAGACUUCCUUGAUUACUUCACUACUCAAAGCGAUUGCCAAUGAGGGUGAUGCCGGUGUUUUGCCCCCAGACCUUAUCCUUUCGACCCACACCCUCCUUGUUAACUCGACAUCCUCCGCACACUUCCUACUCCUUCCUCCCAACUUGCAAGCCUAUCGACCGUACAUCGAUUUAUCCUCUGCGUCCACCAACUACUCACAAAUCGAUUUCCAACGCGCCUUGGGCGAUUGGUUCAGCAAAUCUUCAAAGUCUUGGAAAGAUGCGGCUGAUGCGUGGUUCACUAACCUCGCCAAUGUUGCGGAGAUUUGGGACGUUCGCGGUGCUCUAAGGAAGAAGAUCCAAAAUUCAGAGUUGGAGUACUCGGAGAAGGAGGAGAUGUGCGGAAUUUUGGAUACUAUAUCCCGGUCGAGGGCGUUGGUGGUGUGGAGAUCGGCUUUGUCGAACGCGUUGGACUCUUUCAAGAAGGAGGUGUUCGUGUUCUUAGCGAAAUCAAGGAAAGAGGUCACAUCAGGAGACACGCACUUCAAAGCUCCUCCCCCGCCAGUGACAUCCUCACAAGCCUCCAAGGCACUUGACCUUCUCCCCUUCCGCCGGUAUCAAUCUGCUCUAAAGCAAUAUCUCCUUGGGCGAACAGCGCAGUUGGAUGCCGUGGUGGCGAUCCUCGAGCAAUGUGCGAGAAACAUCCAGAAAGACCUUGCUGUAGUUUUCUCGGAUACGACCGAUGAAGGGAAGUCUUUUGGCCAGGGCCUCGUUGAUGCGUACCAACCAGAAGCAGAGUCCACCGCUGACGUCGUCGCCUUGACUUUGGAGGAAGCGGUGGACAGUGCAUUGGGAGGGUCAAACACUGACAAUCUUGUUGGUCUGGCAAACAUCGCUGAUGAUUUGGGCUCCUCGUCUAUCUUCAUUACGCAUAUUGGAUGUCGUCGCGAUGUCGUUCAAACGCUGUUGUCGCUUUCUGGAGCGUUACGGGACCUUGGCGUCAGGCAGGAGUAUAUUCGUCACCAACCUAUCGCUCAGCAAACACUGCGCCUAUUUGUGGAAAGGUACCUGGAGGAUGGUCCCAAACCUCCACAUAGCCAAGAUCUACUGUUCUUAAAGGCAAUCUCACAAACCUAUGGUUCUGACUGGCAGGAGGUCAUAAAGUCGCUAUCAGAUAGUCUCGGUGAUUCGGCACCCGACUCAGAUGAAGCGGACAAAGUUGCAGCCGAACACCUGGCCAGAACACAGACUCUGUUGUCGCUUUUGCUACCGUCAGCGUCUCGGCUCCAGGCUUCGACUGCCGGAGCAGCAGCGGGACAGUUCCUGCUUUUCGACAGUCCAUCGUCGAAGCAGGAGUAUCAGCCUGCCCUGGAGGUGGCCAAGCCCAGUCCUCGCUUUGGGCUGUUGCUUGUCGGAUCCGCCGGGGCACCUUAGGGUUUACAACAGUCUUUCACUACUACAUUGCAGUAGACAGACAUUCGAGCAAUCGAGCGUUGAUGCCCGA